AUGUACCGUCGCGGUGACCCGCGGUGGAACCGCACGCUGCAGAACAUCUCGGACACGGUCGAGCAUGCCAACGAGUCUGCGCAGGAGGGCCUCUACAGCUUUGCGCACGCCUAUAUCACGCCCUGCCUCUCGUCGCUCACGCAGUGCGCCAAUGCGUGCACGGCGCCCUGCUUCCCGUCGCACAACGACCGGCGGCGGCACCGCGCGCGGUCGCGGGGCCGCGCCGAGCAGAGCUUCGACUUCUACGACGACUGGGACGGGGACGAGGACGACGGGCUGCUGGGCUGGGGGCACGACAACCUCGACCGCCUGUGGGGCGCCACCGCCAACUACGGCACCACAUCCCAGCCCAGUCGCCCGCGCGCAAUGAGCUAUGGCGACCGCAACCGCAACCGCGACCCCCGAUUUACCAGGCCGCGCAGGAAGAGCGCCGUGCCCCCGCAUGACGGCGGGCCCGACCCCACCAUCAUCCCCAGCUCCUCGUACUUUGGCUUCCUGGGCAGGCUGCCCUUCAGGCUCGGCGGCAAGGUGCUGCGCUACCGGCCCUCGGCCGCAGACCUGACAGAGCACCCGGGCCAGGCGCGGAGGAGCUACGACGAGGCCCAGCCUCUGAUCGAGGGCAGCGACGACGACGGCGCCGAAGCGCAGCACGGCAGCGACAUUAAAACACACGGGCGCAAGCGUAGCCAGACGAACGCUUCAGGCCACACGACCGACUCGUUCAGCUCCCGCGGCGACAUCUUCCCGAGCGAGGACGAGCUGGACGAUGCUGUGCCCCUGGACGACGAGUUUGCCGUGGCCCUCGAGCGUCGGACCACAGGACAAUGGUACGACGAUGCCAGUAGCGGCAAGGACAGAGCGCCGUCUGGCAGCAAGAGCAAGAGGCCGUCUGCCUCUCGCCUGUCCACCAAGUCGACCUCCUCUCGCAACAUUCAAGAUCCUGGCCGGAACAGUCACGAAGCAAAUGUUACGCGGUUACCCUUAGAGCCCACGGAUGAGGCGACCACCCUCACAGACCUUCAGCAUGAAGAGGAGCAGCUGCGCCUACAGGAGGAGGCUGAGGUCCACAGGCGGCGCCAGGAAGCACAGCAGUUAGCCGUCAGGCGUGGGCUUACAGCAGCUCAUCAACAUCUCCCUAUUCCUCGGCGACUAUCGCCCUCUCCGAGCUCUACAGCGCCUCCAGGUCAGAUGGGAACGCCAUCGACGACGUUGUCGCCUUUUUUCAUGCGCACAACAGGCAGUGAAACAUGCCCCGAUUCAGAGCCUGCGCUGUCGCCAUUUCCGGUCGUCGACACACAGACUAUGCCGGACAGCAGCUCGUUCCACGUCGAUGAGUCUGACUAUUCUAGCCUAGCUACCACACCAAAUAGGCCGCUGUCUUUGAAGGACGAAGCGAGGGACAAACAGGUUGACAACAAGAACUCCAAUUUCGUGCCUGCCCGACUGCCGCACUUUGAUGCACAGCCUAGCUGA